AUGCGCGAAGAAGUGCGAGGAAGUCCUUCGCGUCGACGUCGUCGUCAUCUCUCAUUCUAUGUUUUCGUGUUCAUUGUGGUCCUUUUCUUGGCUUUUCGCGGGGUCGCGUGUAGUAGUCUUCAUCAGGAAGACAAAGAUACAGAAAAAGGGCGGACGACGAACUCGUCGUUGCUACAAAAAAUACGCGGAGGAGGCAAUUUUGAUGAGAAAAAGAAGUACAUCGUCACGCUAAAGUCACGCUACGAGAGCUUUAAACUGUGCAAAGAGAGGAAAGAAUUCAAUUGCAAGAAGGCUUUCCGUUCUGGGUUUACCGUUUUCGCGACGGAACAGGAGUUGGAGAGGAUGAAGUUGGAUCUGGACGCUUCGAGGAUCGAGGAUAUCGAAGAGGACGCGAUCGUUUCGAAGAUGUCGCCGCCGUGGCAUUUAGAUCGAAUCGAUCAAAAUUACUUGCCCUUGGAUAAUCGUUUGUCGUUUAGCGAUCUGGAUGGUACGCAAAGAGGUGAAGGCGUUUAUGUGUACGUACUCGAUACUGGAGUGCAAUCUAAACACGCAGAAUUGCGCGGGAAAAUCGAUUCGCACGUGACUGCGCUCGAUCCAGAUGAAGACAAUCUUCUGGAUCUCGAUCCGGAUGGUCACGGUACUUUUUGUGCCUCAUUGAUUGCAGGUCGCACUACUGGCGUUGCACCUGGAGCAAAAAUAGUGUCAGUGCGCGUGUUAAACUCGGAUGGAGCGGGAAGCGUUUCAGAUGUAGUCGCUGGACUCGAGUGGACCAGCGAUCAAAUCCUUUCGAAACAAGCGGAAAAUAGCGAUAUGUUUAAAGGUGCGGUAGUUUUACUCGCCCUUGGAGCUCCCAUUGGCGUCCGUUCCAGGGCGCUUGAAAACGCUGUGGACAGGUUCGCUCGAGAAACGAACAGUUUGUUGGUGACUGCGAGCGGCAACCAAAACGCGGAUGCGUGUGCUUCGGUGCCAGCGAGAAGCUCGAGAUGCAUGACCGUAGCAGCUACGGAUAGCAGAGAUAUGAAUUACGCGUGGAACAAUUUAGGAAGAUGCGUGGACGUGUUUGCCCCCGGGGUGAGAUUGGUAGGUGCGUGCGCUGGUCAAAACAGGUGUACAAAGAAGAAUGAAGUAGACGCGAUUACAGCAAAAUCAUCUCACAACGAUGACGACGAUGAUAUCGAAUCGUUAUACGGCUAUCAAUCUGGCACAUCUAUGGCAGCUGCCGUCGCGGCUGGAGCAGCAGCCCGUAUUCUUUCAGAAAAUCCUAAUUUCGGGGCCGAAGAAGUAAAAGGGAUCAUCAUAAGAAACGCGACGCGGGGUAUCGUUGUACUCGGAAGUUCAUCUGUGCUCUAUACGGUGACCUACAAUCGUUUACUCCGCUUACAUUGA